AUGGUGUCCCAGAGUUGCUGGGUUCUGCUGCUCCUCUGCACCGCUGCUGGGUUUUUCGGGUGGCUGGGCCUCAGCACCCCCCUAGAAGAACCGGGGACCCCCCCGCAGGUGAGGACCCCCCUAUGCAUCCCCUUUGAGAUGGCCACAGGUGAUAAGCAGCUCCAGGCUGAAGCCAUGUGCUGGGAGCUGUCACCCCUGGACUCCUGUCACCAUCAGGUAGUGGCGCAGCUCCACUCAUCCCAUGGUGAUCUGAGUGAGGAGGAGAAGGUGGCCAAGCUGGGGGUGGACCUAUUCAACUGCCAGGCCAACGCUGAGGGUCACUGUAUGUACCCCUGCACCCUGGAGCUGGAGCAGCCGACGGGGUGGCUGCGGCCAAGACUGGAGAUGUCCAUCCACCGCAGCCUGCAGCAGCCGGUGCUGGAUGAGACCCUCAUUGCCAGCGGGCAGCACCGGGUGGCCCAGCCCAUGGAGGACAUCACCCAGCAGAUGGGGAAUGUGAGCAGCCAGGGGGCCACAGGGCUCCGGGAAGGGCACCGGCUUGUCCUGUCCGACCUCCACCAUGAGCAGGAAAGAGCUCAGGAUAUCUAUUCCCAACUAGAGAGUGACUUGGCCCUUCUUCUGGCCCAGCAGCGCCGAAUGGAGGAGGUCAUGGAGAAGCUCCAGCGAGUCAACCAGAGCCUGGGGCUGAUGCUGGCGGCUGUGGAGGGUGCACAGAACCAGCUGGAGAACCAUCUGGAGAACCUCCACCCAGCCGGUCAGAGCCCAAGUGCCAUCUCCACCUUCAUCCUACAUGGCUCCUACUUUGCGUUGCUGGUUGCGCUACUGGUGCCCAUGCCACCCCGUGCCAUCCUCCUCCUCCUUGCCUUCGGUGUCCUCGGCGAGCUCCUUGGCAUCCCGGCACUCUCCACUCUCCUGGUCCUUGCCAUGGCAGGGCAGCUGCUGGUGGUAGCCACCCGCUAUGGUGCUGGGGGGGCCUGGCUGGUGCUUCCACAGGAGGAGCCCCAUCACCAGCUCACCUCCACCCCAGACAGAGCCCUCAUACCUGGAGCAGCCCCCAGCGAUGGCAGGGGACACCCCUUGCUUAGCAGGACAUGUGUCACCUGUCCCCAGCAGCUGGAGGACAAAGCUGAGCUCGUGUGGGGUAAGCCUGAGCUGGGGGUGAUGCAGGAGCCACCUAUGGGUGCUGGGAAGCGCUGGGAGCCCAAACCCUGCAGCCCAAGCCAGUCUCUGGCCAGCGACACGUCCUCGCUGUCCCCACGGCUCCUGUGUCAGGGGCUCACCAGGGCCAGACGGCGGUGCCGGAAGAAAGCCAUCCCCGGGCAGGACUUCUGCCAUGUCCACGCUACCGGUCAAACCUCCUGCAGCGGCUUGGCCGUGGACUCAUCCCCCCAUAUCUGA